GAUAAAUUGUCAGAAACAAAAUGGAUUCUAAAUGAUGAAGAAAUUUAUUCAACAGACACGUUAGUAUUUACUCUUCCGAAAUUCCUUAUAGGCUUUAAAUGGGUCCUGGUUUCGAACCAUAAUUUUAAAUAUUAUCAAAGACUUUUUGAAAAGCUUGGGGUUAAAAAAGAGCCUAAGACUUCCGAUUGUUUGGAAAUACUUCGAAAUUUAAACUUUAAGGAUAAUAAGUUCGAUAUAAUAGAUAUACUUGGAUAUUUAUCACAUAAAAAUGAAGUUUUAAAAGGGCUAUUGAUUCCGAAUAUGCAUAAUGAAAUGAUAGCCCAUCAAAAAAUUUUUUAUAAUAACAUUAAUGACCAUGAGGAAUUAGUGAAAGAAAAUAGUGAUAUUCUAACGCAUUCUGAAAUUUCGAAUGAGCUAGCAAAAAGACUAAAGAUUAAAAGUUUCAGUGAAAAUUUUGUAAUAAAUAAAAUAAAAACCUUUGAUGCAGAAAUAACAGCAAUAUUUAAAAAAACUCUUAAAGACUUUGGUCGCGAGAACAUAAUAUUUCGAGAAUUCCUCAAAAAUGCAGAUGACGCAGGUGCAACACAAUUUUGUAUUAUCCUCGAUUAUAGUGAUUACAGAGGCUCUAAAUCAUUAAUAAAAGAAGAAAUGGAUUGUUGGCAAGGGCCUGCAGUAUGGUUAUAUAAUAAUGAAUCAUUUACCGAAG